UCUCUCACUCAAUCUCUUCUUCUUCACCAUAUAUGUGGGUUGUUCUUGGUCAUAGUUUAUCAUGAGCAAUAUUCCCAAGUCCCUCACCGACUCUGCCCUAACCAUCUUCAAGCUCGCAAUCUCUGCCUCCGAUCCUUGGCCUUUUUCUGUCUUCUUAUAACAGAUCCCACAAGCCUAGUUUCCUUUAGUUUUAGGCGAAAACAAACAAACAAACCCUAGUUUCUUUUCGGGGUUUCAACAAGAUUGUCAAGACGAGGGCUGUUUCAUACUUUCUAGCGAAAAUGGGCCUCCUCGGCAGCGGCGGCGGUGACAAAGUUCACCACCACCACCAGAGCCAGCUGAGCUUUCAGUUUCUGAAGAAAGAAGCGACGGACAUCCCAAAAGGGUGUAUGGCGGUGAUGGUGGGCGAGGAGCAGAAGAGGUUUGUGAUCCCGGUGGCUCACAUCAACCACCCGCUGUUCUAUCACCUUCUCAAGGAAGCGGAGAAGGAGUACGGUUUCGACCACGACGGUCCGAUCACCAUCCCUUGUCACGUAGAGGAGUUCCUCGCCGUGGAGGGGGAGAUCUGCAAGGAGAAGUCGGCAGUCAACGAUGAGGAGCACCACCACCAUCACCACCAUCACCAUGUGUGGUGUUUCAAGGCUAUGUGACGUCAUAUUUGUAAAUACUAUGUCCUGCGGUUCUCUUUUAUAUAAUUCUUCAGGACGAUAAUUCGUUUAUAGUUUCGACGAUGAUGAUGAAAAAGAAGAUGAUCAUUGUAGUAGGCCGGGUUUUGAUUUUGGUUUUUAAUGUUUGAAGAUUUAUUCAUCAAUAAAAGAAAGGUUCUUGAUUUUGCUUUGCCUUUUAAUUUCGUC